AUGCUGCUGUUUCUGAUCCUGCAGACGAUCCUGGUCGGAGACAGCGGUGUGGGGAAAACAUCUCUGCUGGUUCAGUUUGAUCAGGGAAAGUUCAUCCCCGGCUCUUUCUCUGCUACUGUGGGAAUCGGCUUUACGGAAUAUUCUCACACACACAAUCACACAGAUAUCCUCUGUGUUUGUCAGAUCUGGGACACUGCAGGACAGGAGAGAUUCCGCAGCGUCACACACGCGUAUUACAGAGACGCUCAGGCGCUGCUCCUGCUCUACGACAUCACCAGCAAAUCAUCCUUCGACAACACACGGGCGUGGCUUACAGAGAUCCAUGAAUAUGCUCAGGAUGAUGUGGUCAUCAUGCUGCUUGGUAACAAGUCUGACAUGUCAAGCUCGAGGGUGAUCAGAAGAGAAGAUGGAGAGAAACUCGCCAGGGAAUAUGGGGUGAUUUUCCUGGAGACCAGCGCCAAAACUGGACUCAAUGUGGAUGAGGCCUUCAUGACUGUGGGCAAAGAGCUGGUGAGACGUGCUGUUCAGCUUCCCGUCGAACCGACGUUUCACCUUCACGACGUGAUGGAGCCGCAGAAGGAGACGUCAGGCUGCUGUUUCAGCUAAAACUGAGAAAACAGAGACAAACAGCAGGUGCAGACGCUCACAUCUCAGCCAGCAGACAUGCGCAAUCCUCAUUUACGUUACUGAAUCCUGAUAUACAGUUGAAGCCAGAAUUAUUAUCCCUCCUGUAUAUUUUUCUCCAAUUUCUGUUUAACGGAGAGCAGAUUUUCUUUAACACAUUUA